UGAUGGAGUAUGCCAGCGCAGGUGAGGUGUUUGAUUACCUGGUGUCCCACGGGAGGAUGAAGGAGAAGGAGGCGCGCGCCAAGUUCAGACAGAUCGUCUCGGCCGUGCAUUACUGCCACCAGAAGAACAUCGUGCACAGGGACCUCAAGGCCGAGAACCUGCUCCUGGACGCCGAUGCCAACAUCAAGAUCGCGGAUUUUGGGUUCAGUGUCCCCGUGACGCUGGCUCUGUGACCCUGUCCCCAUGUCCCCACUGAUGUCCCUUUGUCCCCC